AUGAUCAAUCUGUUCCGGAUAUUUGGUGACCUGUCGCACUUGGCGAGUAUUGGGAUCUUGCUGCACACAGUGCGGUCGACGCAGUCGAUUGACGGGAUCUCAUUCAAGACGCAGGCGUUGUACGCGCUCGUGUUCAUGACGCGGUACUUGGACCUGUUCACGUGGCACUGGGUCUCGCUGUACAACUUCCUGAUGAAAGUGUUCUUCCUUGCGUCGAGCGUGUACAUCGUUGUGCUUCUGCAGCAGUUCCGGACGAAAAACCCUAUUGCGUACAAGGAGAUGGUCCUACAGGACACUUUCAAGAUCCAUUUCCUGCUUUUGGGGAGUCUCGUUGCCGGGCUCUGUUUCCACCACAGGUUCACUUUGCUCGAGAUCCUGUGGUCCUUUUCCGUGUGGCUUGAGUCUGUCGCGAUCCUACCUCAAUUGUUCAUGCUGUCCAAGUCUGGCAGAGCGCAGUCUCUGACGGUCCAUUACAUCUUUGCCCUUGGGUUGUACCGGUUCCUGUACAUCUUCAACUGGAUCUGGCGGUACGUCUCCGAGGCUCGUGUCGACAAGAUCGCCGUUGUUGCCGGGAUCGUGCAGACGGCCAUGUACUCGGACUUCUUUUACAUCUACUACAAGAAAGUCAUCAGGGGCAACGCUGGGAACCUCCCCGUGUAA